UUUCCUAGUGUUCUCAUAACAAGAUAUUCAAGUGGAUACGGACUGUACAAUGGAACAUUUAAGCUUCAAUAUUUCAAACAAGUCACUUACUUUAAAAAAACGAGAUACUCUUCCAAAACCAGCUGCAAAUGAGGUCCGAAUUAAGGUCGCAUAUUCCGGGAUUUGUGGAACAGAUCUUCAUAUUUUAGAAGGAAGCUUUCCCUGUAAAGAGGAUGGACCUCUGACACUUGGACACGAAUUUGUAGGUACUAUCGAUGAAGUCGGAUCGGAAGUGACUAUCUUUAAAAUCGGUCAACGUGUAGCUGUCGAUCCUAAUAAUGGGUGCAACAAAUGCGAUCAUUGUCACAACGCGAAUUAUCAUUAUUGUGCAUAUGGUGGUAUAAACAAUACCAUAGGUAUUUUCAAAGAUGGCGGAUGGGCUACGCACGCGCUUGUCCCAGAAACACAGAUAUUCUUAAUCCCGGAUGAAAUUGAAAUGCGUCAAGCAGUGCUGACUGAGCCGUUAUCAUGCAUGGCUCACGGCUGGGAUAGAAUAAAUCCUGUAAAUGUAGGAAACAAGGUUCUGGUUAUGGGUGCUGGUAUCAUAGGUUUAUUAUGGGCCUGUCUACUUCAUUUGCACGGCCUCAGAAAGACUGUCACUAUUAGUGAACCGCAACAAAAACGAAGAGAACUUGCCUCUAAUCUUGAUCUCGAUUAUAAAGUUAAAAAUCCGACAGAAUUAAAAGAGGAGUUUGAUUUAGCCGUGGAUUGCUGUGGCAGUGCUCCAGCCAUGGAAAUGGCCAUGUCUUUUCUGGGACACGGUGGUCGUUUAUGCGUAUUCGGUGUCGCUAAUCCAAAAGCAAAACUAUCGAUUGAACCAUUUCAGAUUUACAAAAAGGAGUUGAGCAUCAUAGGCGUAAUUGUAAAUCCUUACAGUUUUUGUAAAGGAUUAGCUUUGGUGCAAGCAAUGUCCGAAAAAUAUCUUAACUACAACAAAUUAGGAAUCAAGGUAUUUUCUUUAUCUCAAUAUAAAGAAGCUCUCGACGCAUUAAAGAAAGGGGACAUAAGCAAAGCUGUUUUCAAAUUAUAAAACAAAGUUCUGUUUGUGCUAACAAGUUUUUAUAUGUAUAA